AUGGCUGAAAUUGGGUUCCCUACUCAAUUCUUGAAUUGGGUCAUGGCUUGUGUUAGCUCAGUCUCAUACUCUAUAUUGGUGAAUGACCUUCCCAACAGGCCUUUUAGAGCAAGAAAGGGACUCAAGCAAGGAGACCCCAUCUCUCCAUUCUUCUUUGCCAUUGGAAUGGAAUACUUACUUAGAUCAUUGGGGAGUCUCAAGCAUAUUCCUAAUUUUAACUUUCAUCCUAGAUGUGAAAAGUUAGGAAUCACACAUCUUAUGUUUGCAGAUUAUCUGCUUAUGUACCUUGGGGUGCCUCUUACCACUAGGAAGCUGUAUCAUGCUGAAUGUAAAGCUCUCAUUGAAAAAACUGUUAGCAGGAUUCAAUCCUGGGCUGUAAAGAAGUUGAGUUAUGCUGCUAGAUUGCAACUAGUAAAAUUAGUGUUGCAUGGGUUCCAACUGUAUUGGUGCGAGAUUUAUGUCCUUCCAACAAAGGUGAUCAAGGAAAUCCAAAGCCUGUGUAGAAAUUUUCUUUGGACUAGGCUUAAUGCUAAGUCAAAGAAGGCUCAUGUGGCCUGGGACACUAUCUGUCUUAAGAAAGUUUGUGGAGGGUGGAAUAUAAAGAAUAUGAUAGGGAUUUCCUACAGUAGACGAAGUUUUGAUGAUGAAGUUCAACUAGUUGCUCAUAGAAGUCACAAUAAUUCCCCUCAAGCUCAGCUUUACACUAUGUUCUUUACUGAGACUUUGUGCACUGAUGAUGUUAGGAGACUUCUCAUUGUUUAG